AUAUUCCGGGUCGCCCUCGGGGAAAACCACAAUGGAUAAUUGUAACAAAUAUUUAAUUUAAUGAACGCCGCAGAGAAGUGACAGUGAGAGACAGUUUAAUGCUUGUCAGCAUAAACUCGUCUCAUUGAACCUUGACGCUUCUCAGGCUAGCUUUGCUUGCUAGCUGCUAACAAAGAGACCCGGAAGUUAUCACCACAUCGCUAAACAGAGAUCACGUGUGAGGGAAAAGUGGCGGUUGUGUGAAAAAAGAAAGAAAUGAAAAAAAACAGAAGACAUAGUAGCAGUGAGAAAGAACGAUAGCAGAGUACGAAGAGGAACGUUCGCUUUCGCUGCUUUCAAGAAGCCUCAAGUUGUGUUACACAGAGCAGACGUCAGUGAAGAUAUUCACUUUGAGCAGCAGGAGUGCAACUCCAGAAUGGAACACAUUAAAAAGGAAGAGGAGGAAUCACAGUGCCCAUAUAUUAAAGAAGAAGAGGAGGAGCCACAGCCCCGUGACAUGAAAGAGGAAGUGGAGGAGCCAGAGUACCCCCACAUUAAAGAGGAAGAAUGGGAUUAUAGUGUCAGACAGGAGGGAGACCAUCUUGAAGGACUGGAGGAGUUCUCAGUGAUAUGUGUCCCUGUGAAGAGUGAAGAUGACGAAGGUGAAAGUGAGGAGAAGAGAGAGGUGGAGCCUCCAAGCAGCAGCUCAACUCAACACAUGACAACAGAAGCUGAUGGAGACCACUGUGGAGGAUCACAAGCACACAACCUCUUAGCUCCACUAUCAGAUAGUGACGACACAACGUCACACUCUCCUGACACUGAUGAUGAAGACUCUGAAGCUGAUAUGACAUGUCACACUGACAACACACGCUGGAAAUGCUCUCAGUGUGACAAAACUUUUGUUAGCAAGGGAAAUCUAAAAAUACACACGAGACUUCACACGGGUGAGAAACCUUUCACCUGCUCUGUCUGUGGUAAAGGGUUCAUUGUUAAAUCAAAUUUGAAAGCUCACAUAAGCGUGCACACUGGAGAGAAAGCUUUUUCUUGCGUGGUGUGUGGUAAACAAUUUUGUCAAAAAGCUGACUUAAAAAGACACACAAGAAUACACACUGGAGAGAAACCCUUUCCUUGCUCAGUGUGUGGUAAAAGAUUUGUUAAUCACUAUCAGUUAAGAAGACACACAAGAAUACACACUGGAGAGAAACCCUUCCCUUGCACGGUGUGUGGUAAAAGAUUCUCACAUAAAUCGGAUUUAAAAAGACACACAAGAGUACACACUGGAGAGAAACCUUUCCCUUGCUCGAUGUGCGGUAAAAGAUUCAUUAAUAAAACUCAUUUAAACACACACACAAGAAUACACACUGGAGAGAAACCUUUUCCUUGUGCGGUGUGUGGUAAGGGAUUCUCUCAAAAAGCUGAUUUAAAAAGACACACGAUAAUUCACACUGGAGAGAAACCUUUUCCUUGCACGAAGUGUGGUAAACGAUAUUCUCAAAAAGGUGAUUUAAAAAUACACACAAGAAUCCACACUGGAAAGAAACCUUUUGCCUGCUCAGUUUGUGGUCAGGAAUUCAAUGAGGAGUCUCAUUUGGAAGAACACACAAGAAAACACACGAGAGAGAAACCAUUUCCUUGCACAGUGUGCGGUAAACGAUUUGAUCGUAAAAGUAAUUUGAAAAAACACACUGGGACACACACCGGAGAGAAACCUUUUCCUUGCAAGGUGUGUGGUAAAAGACUUGCUCAUCGAGGCAGUUUAAAAAGGCACGCAAGAAUACACACUGAAGAGAACCCUUUUUCCUGAGCAGUUUUUUGUAAAAGUUUCUCUGUCUGUAGAAUAGGGAUCAACCGGCGGACAGCCGUCUGACUAGACGGCAUCCAAUACGGACCUGGACCUAUUGUCAAUAGGAGCAUAACAAAUACAUAAAAUGUCACCUGAAAUCUGACUAUUUGAUACCAAAGCCAUGUACUGUAUACUGACACAUAGAAAUUAAUUUGUCAACAA